AUGUCCUCCAACGAUACCCCCUCCCACCCAACAACCCAACAGCACCAACGCGAACCCAGAACAGGCACCAUAUCAACCACCCAAACAAUCACCACAACCUCAACCUCCCCCCAACAAGCCAUCCUCCGCCUCCGUGGUGCCCACGCCCCCAGUUCACGGACGGUGCAAUGGUCAGAAGACGUCAUAGACAAUGAAGGUCUGAACCGCAAGAAGUCAAAAGUAUGCUGCAUCUACCACCGCCCCAAAGGCGUCGACGAAUCCUCCUCCGAAUCCUCCUCCUCUGACUCUUCCGACUCCGACUCGGAUUCCGAUGGUGGAAAGGGUGACCUCGACCGACAAGGGAAAUCAGAUAGUGGGAGAAGACGUGUUCACAAUCACAACGACGACGACAAGUGCAACGGACAUCAUCAUCAUCAUCACAGCAGGGGAAGGAAAAAGAACGGGGACGAGGGGGGGAGUAAAAGAAGAAAGAGAAAGCCGAGCCCGAAUGCGUAUGAGAAGAUGCCUGAUUAUGGGAUUAAACCGCCUGGAAAGGGGAAGGAUAAGGACACUUCUGGAGAUGGGGGGCCGAUGAAGGCUUAGUCUGGGGUGUUGUAUAUGCUGGUGUUUGGAAGGGGGGUGAGUUGUUCUGUGUAGGAAUAGGGGGGCGUUGGGGGAGUAUGAUACCAUCUAUUUUUUCGAUACCUUGAGGGGAGGUUUACGCAUUGGGUUGGUUGCAUAGAGCAAGCAGGUAGCCAGGCAUCUUCACACACAUGGAAAUCAACCUUGCAUGGUUUUUCCUUUUGUUAGCGAUGUUCCAUUUCUUUCAUUUUAAACAUCAUGGACUCAAUGUGAUUUACCUCAUGCUUGAGCUGGCUCAGGAACAUAUAGUAGAUAUUUCGAGGCGAACUUUAGAUUUGUUUGUUUGUACUCUCUGAGCAGGCAUCAUUGGUUGUUUACCACCAAAGUUUGUGCUCAACGCUUUGCAUUUAUUCAUCUCUCCCAUUCCUCCCUUCAUACCCCUCCCUCCUAUGAUGCUAUGUAUGUGUUAUUUUCCCCUUAACCUAGCC